AUGUGCUUGCUGCCUGUGCCCCGAGGGCCCCUGCGCCACGCGGCAGUGACUGGGGGCACCCAGUGCCAUGACACGUCUGGUGUCUACCUGGCCCAGCACUGGCUGCGGGCCCUGGGGGAGCUGCAGAGACCCAGCUUCUCCGCCACGCCUGGGCUGGCCAACCGGGACCCCAACCGCACCUUCACCAGCGACUUCCUCACACAAGUGUCCUCCAGGCUGGCCCAGCCCCUCGGCCUGGCACUGAGUCCCCGCCUCAGACGGCCGCGUGCCAGGGCCAACCUGGAUGACCCCUGCAAGGUGACAAGGGCCCGAGAACUGAACCUGCUGCCGGGGCCCCACGCCUCAGGCCGGGCCUUCGGCUUUGUCCUUGACCUGCACAGCAGCACGGCCAACACGGGCACCUGCCUCAUCGCAGAAGCUGCCCACGAGGGUCUUGCCAUGCACCUGUGCCACCACCAGAGCCCCAAGGUGCCCUGCCCAGCCCUGUCCCAGCUGCCGGGGUGGGGGAGUUAUAGCCUGGACCCCUUGGCCAAGAACGGAAUGGUCCUGGAGCUGGGCCCCCAGCCUCAGGGUGAGCUGCGCAGGAUGAGGACCCUGGUGGCCAAAGUCCUGGACUUCAUCGACUCUUCACCCAGGACCCUACAGCCCGGUAGAGCCAUCUUCCAGAUGUCCGGUGGUGAGGAUGUGCUCUGUGGGGGGGGGGGGGGGUCUGCCGUGUACCCCAUGGUCAUCAACAAGGCCACCUACUAUGAAAAGGGCAUUGCCUCCAUUCAGGCAGAGAAGCUCACGUUCUCCAUGCCUGCCCUGCCACUUUCCCAGGCGAUGCCACACCAGCAGCAGCCCCAGGUCAGGGGUCGAGGUCCUGGUGAGAGGGCAUCACCUCUGCCAUCAGCCCUCACGCUCCUGCGGCUACUGCGGCCUCCCCGGCCUCCGCCAGGCCUUUUCAGUGCCCAGCCCUCCAGUCACCGGGCCUGGGCCCCUGCGGACCGCCCAGCCGGGUCCUCCAAAAGGGCCCCCACUCUGCGCCUGGGUCCAUUGAUCAGGAGUGGCUGA